AUGGAUGCAGAACUCGUGCCGGAGACACAGUCGUUAAGUGACGUGUACGUAGCGGAUGCGGACGCUCAACAGCCUGUAGAACCAAAACAACAGGCUAGGUGGAACAAUUUGAUCAAACAGUUCAAAAGCCGCUAUGGCGAAGCGCCCGGUUUUGUCGCCCGGAGCCCCGGAAGAGUCAACAUCAUCGGCGAACACAUCGACUAUUCGCUUUACGACGUGCUCCCUACCGCCCUGAGCGUGGAUGUUCUCGUUGCUGUGAAGAGCACGGCGUCGGGGGGCCAAGAACCAACCGUCAGAGUAGACAACACCGAUUCCAGGUUUGCUGCUGGUGAAUUCACCGUCUCGUCCGAUCGAGAAGUGGAAAUUGAUGCAACCAGGUCUGACUGGGUUAAUUACUUCAAAGCUGGUCUCAGGGUGGCUGUCAAGUACCUGCGAGAGAAGAGCCCGGCUUCCACCUUCAUACCUGCAAAUAUCGAUGCGUUGAUCGAUGGCAAUGUGCCUCCCGGGGGCGGCAUAUCGAGCAGUGCCGCCUUCGUAUGUGCGAGUGCCUUAGCUGUAGUCAAGGCAAAUGGGCACAGUAUCUCCAAACAGGAUCUCUUAGAUAUAUCAAUCGUCUCCGAGCGUGCCGUGGGUGUUUACUCGGGAGGCAGGAUGGACCAGGCGGCUUCCAUCUUCUCUCGCAGAGGAUAUCUCCUCUAUGUCACUUUCUUCCCCACAUUCAAAGUGCAGCAUGUGGCCAUCCCCAAGGCCACCACUGAGAUCACCUUUAUGGUGGCCCAGAGCUUCGUAACAUCGAACAAAGCCGAAACUGCUCCCCGUCACUAUAACCUGCGUGUUGCCGAAUGCACUCUUGCCGCCGCAAUCCUCGCAAAGAAACAUAACAUCACUCUCCAGAAGGACAGCAGCUCACUAGGUUAUAGCCUUCGAAACCUACAGCAGGAGCUGAUGCGCCGGGAGGGCCGACUCAACGACCCGUUCGAAUACCAGCUUGACUCCCUCAUUCUCAUUGUAGAGGAAAUCUUCAAGCAGGAACAAGGAUACACCCGCUCUGAGAUCGCAGAACUUCUGCAACUCACGGUUCCACAGGUAGAGGAACAGUUUCUCUCCUCAUUCCCCGUGCAAACGGAAAGGUUCUAUCUCCGCCAGCGCGCACUGCACUGUUUCAAGGAAGCUCGGCGGGUUCUUGAUUUCAAAUCAUGUCUUGCUCGCUCCCAUACACUCGAUCAGCAUAAUUUAGAAUACCUCGGACAGCUGCUCAAUGAAUCUCAGGCUUCUUGUCGUGAUGUCUAUGACUGUACCUGCCAAGAGGUUGAUGAGCUGUGUGAAAUCGCACGGCGAGCGGGGUCGUUGGGUAGCCGUGUGACCGGUGCUGGAUGGGGCGGCUGUACAGUGCAUAUGGUUCCCCAGAGGAAGGUUGAGGAUGUCACAAGGGCGUUGAGGGAGGAAUAUUAUCUAAAAAGGUGGCCGGACAUGGACAAUCAGAAACUUGAACGGGCAAUGGUAAUUAGCAAGCCGUCUAAUGGCUCGUUUUUGAUUACCGGUGCCGCAAUAACAGAUGUUCAGUGA